AGCAAAAGUGCAACCGCAGAUCGACCGGAGAGUCGAAGCUGGUCGAACGGCAAAAACCUGGCCCCGGUUGGCCCCCGUGAGAAAAGUGGAAAACUUGCCCGUCUAGGACUAGAGGUGUGCGUGUGUGUAUCCGUGUGAGCGUGUGAUCAUUAAGCGCUGGAAGUUGGAAAAGCAAUCCUUUUCGGUGGCCACUAGCCACUAGGAACGAUCUUCGCCGUCGUGUUCUGGGCUGUCCUAGCUUUGCGAGUGAUAUAAUAAGCGCCCGUGGAAGCUGAUCGGGCCAUCGGGAGCUCGGAGUGAUAUUUUUACUGUCGCGCUGUUGUUCGCUGCGCCACUUUCACUGCGGGACCCUCACUGAACUCGCCUCACAGGGACCGUUUUCCGCUUCGUUUUUUUUGCGUGAAAAAAGUGACACAAUCGCCGUGUUGUGAUAAAAAAAAGUGGUACGAAGAAAAUCACAAGACAUUCUUUAGUUCUGGUGUUGGUCGGUCCGCCUGUGAACGAAUACUUUGGACGGCACGAUGAGCCCGAAACCGCACGAUUUUCUGGUCACCCUGAGGCGUCCUUCGCCCCACGUCCAGUGGGGAAUCAGGCUCGUCGGGGGCACCGAUCUGAACGCGCCACUCAUCAUCACACGGGUACAAGUGAACAGUCCGGCCCAGGCGGAGCUGCUCCGGGGUGAUAUUAUUACCAAAAUUGACCAGUACGAUGCACGCGACCUCACGCACAACGACGCUCAGAACAUGUUCCGUAGUGCCGGCAACCAGAUGAGAGUAACGGUGCGCCGCGACGACAAGGUCGCCCUCCACCAGAGCGCCCAUCCGGUCAACGGGAAUCCGGUUCCGCCGGCCAGCUAUGCCCAGCCGUACCAGCCCUACGUCGACGCAACUCCGACCCCAGCGCCGGCUCCAGUCCCAGCCUUCCAGCCUUCCAAGCCGCAGCCACAUCAGAACUUCCCACCACCGGACCCGGCCCAACUCCUGCCGACAAUCUCGUCUCCGUUGCCACACGGCCCACAAUCGUAUGCCGCGGCUCUGGAGCACCCUCUGGAGACGCUGCCCCACACCGUCUUCCCAGGGGUGGACGCAUCCGGCGCGUACCAUCUGCCCAAGCAACCGUAUCCACCGCCGGCUCCCAUCGGGCUGAACGAUGCCAGCGAAGCGAUUGCCAAUCAGCCGUACCGUACCACGCCUCUCGUCCUGCCCGGUGCCAAAGUACCGAAGAAGGAUACGCUUCCGACAGAGUCUUACCUCAGACACCAUCCGAACCCGGCCAUGCGUGCCCCGCCGGCCCAUGACUACACAGACACACUGAUGAAACAGAAGCUCGCUGAAACCGUGAUUCAUCGAGUGAUUGGCGAUGAGCCACCGACCGGUCCGAAGGUCGUUCACAAGCAAUUCAACUCACCGAUUGGUUUGUACUCGGACAGCAACAUCGAGAACACCCUCCGACAGAGCGCUCCACAGCAGACACAAACCGUUCCAAUAUUCAUCGAUCUGUCCUUCCUGAGGCAAAAGCAAAAGAUUCUGGACGAGCAGCGGCGCCUGGAGCAGGAGCGGCAGCAGACGAAACAGUAUCCCUUCCCAUCGUACGCGCCACAGUCGGCAUCUCGCCAGCAAGCCCUAAGCCCCCCGCCGGUGCCGCCACUGCCGGAAGCGUACCAGCCGCACAACCUGCACCGUUCGGCACAGUGAUCCGCCACCGUCAACAACACACAACAGCUCAGAAAAACUACAUUUACUGAUUGGACCCGCCGCCUUUUGCCCGCUUGAAUGUCCUUGAAAACUUUAAAAUGUCGCUGGAAGGACGAAUGCCGUUCCCGUGCUAGUCAAUUCAAUUACGCGACUCAGUUCCGUUUGCUAACGUUUUUGUUUGCCUCGUUGUUGCGUCUGACAAGUGGAGUGGAUACUUAAAUUAAUUGAUUACCGAGUGGACCAAACCGGAGAACGAAACUCCCGGCCAUCGGGCGGUUUUGACGUUCUACCCAUCCCGUUACCUAUCUGGGACCUGUCUAUGUGUGAUAAUUGUUUAAAAACAUUUAAAUUGUUAAGUUUGGACCAAUUUAUCGUAAAAUACCCUAUUGUGAGCAAUUAGAAUGAAAUACCGACUAUUUUUGAUUAUACACGCAGCAAAAGUAAGUGUUGUCCUCGCUGCUAAUUGAAAUCUAUGGCAAAUUUCGAAGGAACCGAACUAAAAGUAUCAACAUGAAUCUUCUACUCAACCUAAUGGGGUAAAAGUUCCGAACCAAGUUCGCUUUGGAGUGCAAGCAUCCCCAAAAAGAGAAGCGCAGAAGAAACCGUGGCUUUCAACAUGCAGCGAGGAUAACAAAGAAAGUCCUGUGACUUUCGUUGCAACGUUUUCUUAUACUGUUUUUAUCUAGUUAUUACGAGAUAUUGAUAUUUACACAUAUUAUCUAUGUUUCUUUCCGGAAUUUAUGCUCCUGUUGUUUGAUAUUGUUGAUCGAUUUAUUGUUUACCCCACAACUGGGAGUGCUAAUGUGUUUGUAUGUUUGUAUGAAUUUUCCGUUGUGCCGUUUGUAUGUUGUUUGCGUACUGGAAUUCAAGAAAUAAACCACACAAAACACUAAGACGUCCGAUCGGGUGUGUGUGUGUGCAUGCGACAUCCCCGGACGGAGAUUUCGGCGUUAAACUAACAAAGUGUCGUUCUUUUCUCUCUUCCCUCCUGUUCGCCUGUUUGCAUCGCCUCGGUUUCGGUACCACCGACCGACCGAACCCGUUGUCUCGUUGUCGUUCACCGGUUCCCUAAAUGCCUAUGUUCUAUUUGUGACACCCGUUGGUGGUUUUGGCGCGUCCAUCCAUCGUCCAUUUGGAUGUAAAUUUUUUGUACGGCACUUUGCGCCGCUUCAACAAAAUAAAACAACACCCAAACACCCGUCGCCACAACGGACACAUCGCCAAUGCGCGAUAAUCGACCCAUAACAACAACAACAACACUCACAACUCAACUGCAAAUAUCUGCUUCGCCGAUGGCCAAAAAUAAAACAUCACUUCCAUUUUGGCGUCCGCGCGAUCGCUCGACGGGGCGAUCGCGGGCGGGUGGGGUUGUUGGACAAACGGG